GAUGGUGGGGAGAUGAAAUGAGGGAUUGAUCUGAUUUUUUUUGGGGAAAAAGCUUAGAUAAUUAAGUUAGAUUAGGGUUAUAUUAAUUUGUAAUUAUGUGUAGUGUUAUGUGCUAAUAAUUUUUAAGUGAGGGUAUUUUGGUCAUUUUGACAGAAAAAUGUUACUAACAUAGGAAAGAAAUAAGUUUGUUGUAAAUAAUAGUUAGCACCCUUUUUUGGUAAAUGUUGCAAAUAACCAUUAACAGAGGUAGUAUUUGUUAUAUGCAGUUUGUGGAGUAUGAGAAGAUGAUAUUCAUAGAUGCAGUGCAAGUAAAUGAGAACAUUGACCACUUGUUUGAUCUACCAAAUGGGUAUUUCUAUUCAGUUUUGGACUGUUUUUGUGACCCUUCUUGGGGAAUGACCCCUCAAUUUAAGAUUGGUUAUUGCCAGCACUCUCCGGAGAAGGUUGAGUGGCCGACCUCCGAGCUCGGACCACCUCCUCCCCUCUACUUCAACUCCGGCUUCUUCGUCUUUGAGCCUAAUGUUCUCACUUACCUUGACAUGCUUAAUACAUUCCAAGAGACUCCUCCCACUUGCUUUGCUGAGCAGGGACAAGUUCAAACCACUACCAAAAGAGUACAACAUGGUGAUGCCCAUGUUGUGGUGGCAUCCAGACAAGGUGGAGUUGAGCAAGGUGAAGGUGAUGCACUAUUGCGCAACUGGGUCGAAGCCAUGGAGGUACACCGGGAAGGAAGUAAACAUGGACAGAGAAGACGUAAAAAUGCUGGUGAACAAAUGGUGGGAUAUGUAUAAUGACCCUUCUUUGGACUACGUCAAUUAUUCCUCAGCUCAAUUUCUCACUGAACCUAUUGUUAAUUAUCCUAUCAAGACGUUUGUCUAAGGUCAUUUCCUAGUGUUUUAGUCAGUAACUCACAAGGCAAA